GGAGAAACAGCACCCCAGGCAGAACUAUCCCCCAGGUCUCUCUCUAGAGGAGAAACCGUUUUCCUCCCUGCAGCUAGUCCAGAGCUGUGUCCUCUCCCCUCCCUCCGAGUCAGAGCUCCAACAGUCCCCCCAAAACUGUCCCAGCUUCCCCCCCUCCAUGUGGAACCACCAGCCCCAUCUCUGCCCCAGCUACCCCCACAGCCAGGGGGGCUUUGGCCCCGACACCACUCUCCUUUCCAGCGGGUUCCUGCCCUUGACGGACGGCCUGCCUGGGUCGGGGUCUGGGUCGGACUACAGCCAGCAGGGAUCAGAGACUGACAGACUGCUGUACGAGAAGAGUUACCUUGUGGAGGGGGACGGGAUGGGGCUGCAGGAGCUGCAGGUGUGUCAGUCAGGUGUCUGUCUGGGGCAGGUGCAGUACCAGCGAGGCUCUCUCUGCUCAGACCAUGGGUGUCUGAUCAGCUAUGACUCUGUGGGCUCCUUGUCUGCCUGCUCCUCCAACUACAGCUCUCAGAGCUUUGGGGAACAGCGUAAGGGAGGAGGGGAGAUGGAGGAGAGGAGAGACAGCUACCUGCAGCACUGCAGCCCCACGGUGUUGUUCCAGCAGAGCCUGGAGAACAUGGGUCACCCCAUCACCCCCCUCAGAGAGUCCUCAGACCUCCUCGACAUUUCAAACUUCACCCCCGACAAGUUCAGACACUCCUCCCUGUCCGAGCUGUCGCCCCCGGAGACCCCCAACCUCUCCCCCCAGGUGACGGGGUGGGAGAUGAGGACAGGAGGCAAAGCCCCGGAGUACCAGGAUCAUGUGACAGGAUGUGACAUCAGCAGGGAGGCGAAGUGGAACUGUGACAUCAUGCAGCAGGCGGAGCAGCACGGGUUGGAGGGGCGGCCCUCAUUCAACGGAGAGGGGGGGAAGAACACCCGCUCUAAGAGGAAAGCAGGUUAUAAACAGGCUGCAGCGGCGGCAGGGGGACAGCAGGGGCCUAAGAGAGGCCGGGCCCCCAGAGCAUCCAAGACAGAGAAGGUGAAGAUGCCUAGACAGAGCCGCUCUUCUAAGAAGAUCAAAGCCAUGCUGGAGGGGAAGGCUGCCAAGGGCCAGGCGCAGGCAGGGGGGAACCUUCAGCCCCACAGCCACGGUAGCACUGGGGACUGGUCUGGUAGCAGCACCGGGCCUAGGGGCUGGUCGGAGGGGAACACCAGCCUGGGGGAAGGGGAGGAGCAGCAGGAGUUUGAGGAGCCAUCCAACAUCCUGUCCAACAUUGUGUCCGGCAUGGCGGAGGUCCAGAGGUUCAUGAUGGAGUCCAUGGAGCCUCAGUGGGACCCGCUGGAGGGCGACCUGCCGCCCGACACCAACAGCCUCAACAUGAAGACCCUCCACAUCCUCCAGGGGAGGGGGGGCAAGAAGGGAGCAGGCUCCGUGGGGGUCGGACGGGGCAGGAAGGCCAGGGGCAAGGUGGGGAAGAACCAGGCCAAGUUUAACACCUCCCACCCCAUCUUCCCCCAGCUCGCUCUGGGCUGCAACAUGUUCGACAAACCCAACUCUAUUAGCCCAGGCCCCACGCACAAAAAACUGUACCGUCACAAGACCAGUGCCAAGUUCCCAAACAUGGAGACUGUGAAGGGCAAGCGAGGGGGAGCGGAGAGGAACCCAAACAAGGACUUGGCCCUCAUGGUCUCUUUUGAGAAACUGAGGCAGAAUAUGGCCGUCUUGUUGGCGCUGUCCUUCAGAUAAACACUGCCUGGCUCAGUUCAAGAGGAAAAACUACAACCCCCCAUAACACCCCUCUCUCUUCUGAGCCCCUCCCCUUGUAUAAACCCAAGACAUCUUCAACACAAGAUGGGACCAUUUUUGUAUCGAUAACAUAUCAAAUUAGCAUUUUGUCUUAAUUUUCUUAAUUUUGGAAUGAGCUUGUAAUUCUCCUGUUCUUUACUGUUCUGUUUCUCCUGGAGGUUUUUAAAAGGAGCUGGUCGUUCUAACGAGACAUUUAUAGAUGUUCACUGCUCCGUCCACUAUCAGAGUAUUUUUGUCUAUGUUGUUGUACAGCUCCAUGCACUAUCUGCAAAAAAAUGAUAAUUAUUUUAAUCUUCAAAAUCAAUGUGCCAAAAGGUAAAGAUGAUGUCUUAUAUUUAUACUGACCAACAAUAUAAACGCAACAUGCAAUAUUCUCAAAUAUUUUACUGAGUUACAGUUCAUAGAAGGAAAUCAGUCAGUUGAAAUCGAUUCAUUAGGCUCUAAUCUAGGUAUUUCACAUGACUGGGCGGGGGCACAGCUAUAGGCCCACCCACUGGGGAGGCAUGCCCAGCCAAUCAGAAUAAGAUUUUCCCACAAAAGGGUUGUAUGCUCCCCACAGACAUCUGUGGAAUUUUGUUGUGUGAAAAAACUGCACAUUUUAGGGUGGACUUUUAUUGUCCCCAGCACAAGGUGCACCUGUGUAAUGAU